ACGACUGAGUGAAUAAGCAGAAAAGGUGAGGGUCUGGGACCUUGCUGGUGGCCCACUAUCUAAGACUCCACAUUCCCAAUGCAGGGGGCAUGGGCUCCAUCCAUCCCUGGUCAGACUAGACCCCAUAUGUGGCAGCUAAGACACAGCUCAGCUAAAUAAAGGGGAAGGAAAGAAAGAAGGAAGGAAGGAAGGAAGGAAGGAAAGAAAUGAGCGUUUGCAGUAAAAAUAGCCCUGGAGGCAGUUGACACCGUGGAGACGUGCAGGAAACAGGCGGUGGGUGAGGCGAUGAUGGUCAGAGACCUAGCAGGGAACCUCGGCACACACCCGCUGAAAGUACACGUGGGCAGGGCUGACACCUCUCCAAACGCUGGGACGGUGCAUGAGGUUCAGCCACAGAAAGCUUCCGUGGAAAAGGAUGGCCGUGGGCGUGCGGACCACAUGGAUAAAGAGCCCCGCUGCUCGUGGACAGAAUCUGUUGAAACAGAGAAAGCACAGCCGUUGCGCACCCUCCCCCGCCCCGAGCACGUCCUGUUCCUCUCCACCCACCAAGGAAGAGGCGUCCAGUUUGCACGCACGCUGUGGUUUCCCGAAGCCCUGUCCUUCCCUGCCUCAGCCUGUCCUAAAGAGGAAGACUUCUGGCUCGCCGCUGAGACCUGGGGCAGAAAGGAGGCUACCCCAGAUACAGAGACGAAUUUGUCUCCAAAGGGUGUCAGCAGCCGCCUCCCAAAAGGAGCCCAAAUGCUGAGGGUCCUUGCGCCCCAUGUUGAGGGUGGCCUCCUGGCUGCUAUCACCUCCUCCUGCAAAGCUGUUUCAUUGUCAGGCAGGUCGCCUGCAGCUUCCCUCCUGAUCACCUCUGUGCAACCAGCAAGGGCGUGCCCAUCUCUUUAUGUUCGUAAAGUCGUGAAGAUAUCAGGAAAGAAAAAAAAAUCUACUCAAAUGCACCAAACCCAGCCCUGUAAUCACCAAACAUAAAAAGAACCUCCGUCAGAAUAUUCUAGAACUUCUUACAGACUUUUUUUUUCCUUGCUGCCCUGGUGAAAGAAGCAGUUUUUUCAAAGGAGAGGUUUAGGUCCAGCUUCAGGUCUGAGGCAUGGUGGUCCUGUUGGAUUUUGUAAGCCUCCUGGUACUCCUGAACUCAUCUUGCUCCACGGCCCUGGCAGGAGACACGGAAUCUCCUAUUGUAAACGUGACGCUGGAUCCAAGAAAAAAAAUAUUAAGCUGGAACACCCGGGGAAUCGUGACUCGGCAAACAUGUGCGAUCGUCACGACUCUCGACCCCGACGACGUCAGCCCAAACCUACAGGUCAGAAACAACGAUUCCUACUUCUGCACAUUUCCCAACGCCGUCCUGCACCAGGGGGCCACGCUGACCGUGAACGCCACCUCUGAGGGCCAGGAGUUCUCGUGCCAGCUGACCUUUAAAAACCCAGGCAAGGAGGGCUCCGGAGCCCAGAACCUCUCGUGCGUCAUCUACAACAUCCGAUUCAUGAACUGCAGCUGGACGCGGGGCCCGGCCGCCCCUGCAGACGUGCGGUAUCAGCUCUACACAUGGACCUCUGUGCACGGAAACGUGUCCGAGUGCGGCCUCUACAUCCUGGACUCGGCCGGGACGCGCGUGGGCUGCCACUUCGACGAGCUCGGCGAAGGCCACACCACAGACGAUUACUUCUUCCUGGUGAACGGAACCAGCAGUGACACAGACAUCCAGUUUUUGGACUGUCCUCCCGUGAACGGCCCGAGGCUGGAAAAGUAUAACCCACCCGCGAACCUCACCGUCAAGGACAACGUGUCCCAUUACGUGAUUCGCUGGGAUGCCCCCGCCAUCAGAUACAGCCUGUCCAAUAGCGUCUUGCGUUACGCGCUGGAUAUCCAGAAGACGGGCAGCUUUUCUAAGAGAGAACCCGUAAGUAUGUCUUCUUUCUCUGCUGCAUCUGUGUUUGAAUCACACAUGCUCAGAGUCCCGCCCUCCGCGGGCAGGGCGCUCAGCUCGGCCCUGGGUCCCUCCGUGCCUGCGUUUCGGGGUCACCAGGCUCUGGGGACCGAUGGAGAAGUUGUAGUUUCCCAGACGCCUCUGACUCAGCUCAGGCAGCCUGUUGUCACCCUUCUCGUGGACGGAAUAACAUCGUGGUCCCAAAUGGGCCCCCUUGCUCCUGAGUCCACUCUGCAGUGAGCUCAAAGGGUCCCCCGAGAAGUCAGGUCUGCCUAGAACUGCACUACAGGACUUUAUUCGGAAACGGGGUCUCUGCAGAGGGACGGGUCUGAGAUGAGGUUCCUCCUGGACGGGGGUGGCCCUAAACCCAGGGACCGGUCCUUACAAGACACACAAGAGGAGAGACAGGGACACAGAGGAGAAGCCACGCAGAGACGGA